GCGGACACGCAAGUGGCCGGUGCUUUGGACACCCGAGUGGCCAGUGCCAUGGACAUGCGAACCGUCAACGCCAUGGACUUUGGGGAGUUCAUCGAAGUUUUCGGGAACGUGGUGGAGAAGUGUCCCCUCGCGGCGGCCGCGGUCUGGGGGCAGCGUCCCUUCUCCAGCCCCGCGGACUUUGAGAGGCGCCUGGGCGACUUUAUCGACUCCCUGCCCCGCUCAGGACAGGAGGGCAUCCUACGGUGCCAUCCGGACCUGGCCGGCCCAGAGCUGCAAAGGGGGACACUGACCAAAGAGUCGCAGAGGGAACAGGGUCAAGCGGGCCUCACGGCCCUGCAGCCCGAGGAGAAGCGCCAACUGGCCGAGCUGAACGCUCAGUACAGAGCUCGCUUCAACUUUCCCUUCGUGAUGGCUGCCCGGCUCAGCGAUAAGGCCACCGUGUUGCGGGAGUUGGCCCGCCGGGCCCGCCAGCCGCCCAAACAGGAGCUGGCCACCGCCAUGGACGAGGUGAAGAAGAUUUGUCACCUGCGCCUCGAAGAUAUCUUCGCCGACUCUGCCAAGCUGUAGGGGCUUAGACCAGUCCUUUCCCAACCAGCGCGAAGCCCUGACCAUUCAUUCAUUCAUCGAUUCAAUCCGUAUUUAUUGAGCGCUUGCUGUGUGCGGAGCACCGUACUAAGCACUUGGGAAGUCCAAGUUGGCAACAUAUAGAGACGGGAUUAGACCAGUCCUUUCCCAACCAGCGCAAAGCCCUGACCACUCAUUCAUUCAUCGAUUCAAUCCGCAUUUAUUGAGCGCUUACUGUGUGCGGAGCACUGUACUAAGCACUUGGAAAGUCCAAGUUGGCAACAUGUAGAGACGGGAUUAGACCAGUCCUUUCCCAACCAGAACGAAGCCCUGACCAUUCAUUCAUUCAUCGAUUCAAUCCGUAUUUAUUGAGCGCUUGCUGUGUGCGGAGCACUGUACUAAGCACUUGGGAAGUCCAAGUUGGCAACAUACAGAGACAGGAUUAGGCCAGUCCUUUCCCAACCAGCGCGAAGCCCUGACCAUUCAUUCAUUCAUCGAUUCAGUCCGUAUUUAUUGAGCGCUUGCUGUGUGCGGAGCACUGUACUAAGCACUCAGGAAGUCCAAGUUAGCAAGAUAUAGAGACGGGAUUAGACCAGUCCUUUCCCAACCAGCGCGAAGCCCUGACCAUUCAUUCAUUCAUCGAUUCAAUCCAUAUUUAUUGAGCGCUUACUGUGUGCGGAGCACUGUACU